AUGACUAAAAAACGUGUUUAUUUUGAAGUUUUCGGAAAGGUUCAAGGCGUAUAUUUCCGUAAUUAUAUAGUUGAAAAAGCGAAAUCUUUGUCAAUUGUAGGAUGGUGUAGAAAUACAGCAAAUGGUUCUGUUGAAAUAGAAGCAGAAGGUACAGAGCAAGAUUUAGAUGUAUUUAAAAAAUGGCUACAAUAUGAAGGAAGUCCUCUUAGUCGCGUAGAUAAUAUAAUAGCAAAAGAAAUCAGUGUUAUAAAUAAUGAAGAAAGUAUGGUUCGUCUCAAAACUUUAAAAUAA